AUGCGAGCCUUAACAGACGUGGAAACGCAGACGCUCUUCACAAAGCUUGCCAACUACACCGGCCGGUCUCUCAACCAACUCAUAGCCCCAUCUGAGACGGGCAACGACGACGAUCGCCAUGUCUUCCGCCUGCACGAGUCUCGUGUUUACUACGUACGAUUGUCGCUCGCGAACCUAGCCACUUCGGUGGCACGAGACAAUUUGCUGUGUCUGGGCACUUGUAUCGGAAAAUUCACAAAGACUGGCAAGUUCCGGCUGCACAUCACCGCCCUCGACGUGAUUGCUCCUCAUGCGCGCUACAAGUUGUGGGUCAAGGCCAAUGGCGAGAUGCCAUUCCUCUACGGCGGCAAUGUUGUGAAAGCCCACGUCGGUCGCUGGAGCGAGGAUUGCCCGGAGCACUCGGGUGUCGUUAUUCUCUCCAUGGACGACACCCCGCUCGGCUUCGGCGUCACGGCUCGUUCGACAGCGGAAUCGAGGAAGCUGGAUCCUACGGCUGUGGUAGCUUUCCGUCAAGGUGACGUUGGAGAAUACUUGCGAGAAGAGGACUCUCUUUUCACCACGUGA